AUGGCCAAAUCUGCAUUUGCUUCUCCCUUUCGCUACCUCCAGGGCCUGUUGGUCUCAUCCACGACUGUCCUGUCCCGCUCUGAUAACAUUACAGCCUCAGCCCAUUCAAAUGACACAGCUUAUACCCCGAGUCCUGGAACACGUGCAGGGUCCUACGAUUCUGUCAGUUAUGGCAAGGGCAAAAGAAAGGCUGUGGAAGAGGAUCACUCUGGGCCCAAGACCAAAAAGCGUGCGAUAAGCAUGGACCGAGACGCUUUCACACCAUACGGGGAUGACAGUGAUGUGCAUCAGAGCCCGUCGAUCCCCAGCGAUGGAAUAAGGACGAAGGCAGACCUAGAUCGAACCUUGAUGCCACCCCCAGCGACCCCUCACAGCCGAAGGACAUCGUUGCUCGCACUACGUGCCGACCCUGAAGCGGUGCACGCUUCUCAGACGGGAAUUCACGACGAUGACUCGAUAUCGUUCGUUUCAACCGCAAUGGCAAGGCAAAAGCUAGAUUCCGUAGAUUUCGACGCGAUGGAGGAAGCGCGAAGGCAUGCUGCUGCGGUUACUUUGCCUGCCAACUCAGGACUCUGGUCGCAGGCAGAACGCGAGUUAUUUUUCCACCUCGCCUAUCGUGGCUUCGAGCCUCUUCUUCCGCAAAACUGGAUGAUUGACUUUGACACAUUACCGAUUAGUGUGUUUGCACACGAGAACUCGGCAGAACCUCCACUCAUCCAAAACAUCCGAGACAACCAAUUCAGGGCCAGCCAUGCUCUGCGUCGACUCUUCGAGGCCGGCCAUGAUAUACGAGACAGGACACACGUCAGCCCGGGUAUUCCCAGAGAAAGGAUUCUGGAACAGUCUGUGAAGAGAUACCUCUACUGGGCUCUGACAGAUGUGGGACUUCGCCCAAGUUCAAAGACCAGCUAUAUUCCAGUCCACGCUGUCGUCGCCAGGAAGAAGGGUCGGUCUACGCUGCAGACGCUUGAGGAGAUCGCGAACAGGUUACAGAGGCUUUCGGUGCGACAUCAAAGAGCUCAACAUAUUCACCCAAGCAUCGAGACUCAAAGUCCAGAUCUCAUUGACACCGACGAAACGCGGGUAGCUGAUGAUGAUGCAUCUUCACCUACUCUUGUCGGCUUCGUGAUCAUCUCGUCGGUACUUGUCAUUGUCACACUCAGCCCGUGUAAGAGGUAUACACUGGGGCCCACAAAACCGCAAACAGAUUCUCCAUCUACCCCAGGAACUCCUCUUCGAGGCAGCGCGAGUGUCAACCCCGAUCGACUCCGCAUCAUUGCUGAGCUUGAUUUCAGCCAAAGAGAUCAAGAUGUAUGGAAUGCGCUAGGCGUGGCAAUUGUCGCAAUGCAGGUGCGUAAGGAGGCUCAAAAAGUGAACCAUGGAUUCAGCCGUGGUGAUACGAGUGGAACUGAUUGGGAUGUAAUGUCGGAGGCAGAUUCUAUACUGCAGGAUGACUUCGAGGGAACGAGUACUUUGUCAAGGUUACAAUUAGUUGACGACCCGGACCUCUAG